AUUUCCGACGCAGCAGCAGACACGUCGAUUAACAACCGCAGCAAUGGCCUCCGAGAAGACUAGCAACCCCAUGCGGGAGCUGAAGAUUCAGAAGCUCGUUCUGAACAUCUCCGUCGGUGAAUCUGGUGACAGACUCACUCGUGCCGCCAAGGUGCUUGAGCAGCUGUCUGGUCAAACCCCCGUCUACAGCAAGGCCCGUUACACCGUCCGAACCUUCGGUAUCCGCCGUAACGAAAAGAUUGCUGUCCACGUCACCGUCCGAGGCCCCAAGGCUGAGGAGAUUCUCGAGCGUGGCCUCAAGGUCAAGGAGUACGAGCUUCGCAAGCGCAACUUCUCCGAGACCGGCAACUUCGGCUUCGGUAUCAGCGAGCACAUCGAUCUUGGUAUCAAGUACGACCCUUCCAUCGGUAUCUACGGCAUGGACUUCUACUGCUGCAUGACCCGCCCUGGUGAGCGUGUCACCCGCCGCCGCCGCAUGAAGAGCAGAAUCGGUUCUUCUCACCGCAUCAAGCGUGACGAGACCGUCAAGUGGUUCAAGGGCCGCUUCGAUGGCAUUGUCCGAUAAAUGGGCAAACCCAAUCGAAUAAAAUAUUUUUUUUCUGUCUUGAAGGAAAUGGGCAUGGCGAACAUUUGGGGGUAAAAAGGAUCAUAUGGUCAUGUAUUCUUCCGCUUGAUUUUUACAUCAGCUCGUACCAAAUUUUGAGUCGAGCAACGGCCUGAGAGACCGACCGGCGCUAUGCCGGCUUCACAUAUUAUUGCCCCUGCAAUGUGAUGGCACCAUUCAUACCUUUUGGCAAUGCCUGUUUGCUUGCUUGAUAGGAGGAUAUUCGUACUGGUGAUCCUCCUUCUUUUUUUUUUUUCUCUUUGUAGACUGUAGCGAUGUGUUUUGGUUGUUGAGCUUUGUUGGCAACCAUUUGAAUGAUGAUAAUCGAUGAUAUCUUGAUACUUCG